AUGGCCAUUGGUCAUAUUUCUUGUGCUAUUCCCUCUUCUCUCUUUAAUAACCCAUUUGGUCAUGGUGCUACCGAGGUGGAGAAAAACAAUUCACACGCCAUUCCAUCUCACUGCUUAGGUCCUGAAAAAGGUUUGCGGGUGGUCCAUAAAUACGGACCCUGCUCACCAUUUGGCCUAAAGAAAUCAACAGCCGUUUCGAGCCAGAUUCUCGCCCAAGACGAUCGUCGUGUUCAGGUCAUUUAUUCCGGGGUAUACAAUAGGCGUGCAGGUGUCCGUGGAAGGGUGGAGACCAUGAUUUUCUGAAAGACUCACUAGGCGCUGGCAAUUAUAUGGUGGAAGUUGGUUUUGGCACACCCGUACAGACUUUUCAUUUGAUUAUGGACACGGGCAGUUACAAAACCUGGGUACAGUGCCAACCUCCUACGAUGUUUCCCUGUCCGACACAACGAAACCAGUCGCUGUAUUAUCCUUCUUGUUCCUCAACUUACUCUAAUACCACAUGUUCGUGCCGCCUUGCAAUGAAAAUGAUGAAGAGAAUACAACGACAAAUCCGAAGUCGCCGGAACUUAUAUGGUCGAUACGCUUCAUAUAGAGGACGAGUAUGAGAUUCCUAAAUUUGUUUUCCUUUGUGCCGCUCAUGUAGAAGGGAACUUUGACGACGCAAAUGGGAUACUAGGCUUAGGUCCGGCCAGCACAGGAUAUGGUGGUAGCAAUGCGUUUACAUCCCAAACUGCAGCAAUGUUUCACAAGGUAUUUUGUUAUUGUCUUCCUCGAUUGGAAGACUCGAAGGGAUAUGUUCAUUUUGGGGACAAAGCCCGUGAGAACUGCCCCUUUUCUGGUUCUUACACCCCGCUUCUGAAGGACACAUCAGAUCCCAACUUUUAUUAUGUAAAUCUUAUUGCCAUAACAAUAGGCCAGAAAAGAGUCAAUAUUGGCACUUCUUCUGGUGUAUCAUCUCCCAGAACCAUUUUAGAUUCAGGAACUGUUAUCACUCGCCUACCUUCUUCGGUCUAUUCAGAGCUGCGCUCGGAGUUCAAAGGAUUGAUGUCGAAAUACCCUCCAGUCCCUCCUCUUGAUAACGUACUGGAUACGUGCUAUAACCUGGAGGGGUAUGGUAAGCCAGAAAUACCUACAAUGGUAUUGCAUUUUAAAAAUUUGGACUUAAAUUUGGACGAAACAGCAGUUACCUGGAAAGCCAAUGGCACGUCUCAAGUUUGCUUGGCAUUUGCUGAAACUGACGGCCUUGCAAUCAUUGGUAAUCAUCAACAUCAGAAGCGAAACAUGCUCUAUAACAUCCCAGACCAGAGGGUGGAAAUUGGACCUGGUAAUUGCUAGCGUUUCAGUUACGAAUCUCAGCUAAUUGGUUUUAAUUGUAAACUUUAAAAAUCCUUUUACAUUAUGUACCUUGGGAAUGCAAUCGCAUAGCUGGAAAUGGAAACCAAUCUUUUGUCCUUUAGUAAACUUUUUUUCCUGCUAUGAUUGUUGCUUAAUUUGAGUACAAGCUGCAGAAAAAUACAACUGAAAGCUGCUUGACCCACGAUUCCAAUGGGGGAAGGACAGAUUAGAUGCAGACACAUAAUUGUAUAUGAACUUUACGAAAG